UAAUCCGUCGUGUAUACUCUAAGGUCGUAGGUACUAUCGUAACGUAACUAUUGUCCGUCAGAUCAAUCCAUUUAGUGCUGAUAUAUUAAGUCUAAUUUAUCGCAUUACCUUACAAAUGGAACAAUAGUCUUUGGAAUUAAAUUAAAACAUUGGACUAAAUGAUCAUGUAAAUUAUAGUCUCAAAUUGCAAUAGGAUGAAACCGAUUUUGUGAGUUGAAUAUUCCAGUGACUGAAUAAAUACAUUUUCCUGUCUAGGUCUUAAAGUCAUAAUGCAGUAUUCUUCAGACGAAGCUUAUGCGCGGCUUAUCAGCCACAAUAUGACUGUGCCCCAAAGAAUUAAGGCUACAGGUGACAUUGUAGAUGAAGACAGUGCACCAAAUGGAUUUGUGACUGGAUGGGACUAUUCUAAAGAGAAAUUUGACAUGAAAGUACCAGAGAGGAUACUUGUUGUUGGACAAGACCAGCAUGUUGGCACCAAAGCUCCACCACGUGAAAUCCAAUUGGAUAAUGCUGUUCUGCCAACAGACCCUGGAAUGAUUCGUGUGAGCACACCUCCUCGAGUUAUAACUCUGGAUCAGCACUAUUUUCCUUCAGCUGAUGAUUUUCCACAAGGAAUACCAAAUUCACCACCAAGGAGUAGUACAAGAACAUUCAGAUCACAAGGUGAUGGAGCUCGGUCCACUUCACCAAGACCUGACAACUUCAAUGAGUCUACCAUGACAGAGUCCCGACUUGUGCUAAGAGAUCCUACACCACCUAUGGGUAAUGGUGAAGGAUUGUCUACAGCUGAAGAAAUGAUGCAUCUGCGGCGACAGAUCGUCAAACUAAAUCGGCGUGUGAUGUCAAUAGAAGCUGAACAGUUGCAGCGCCAACAAAAAGAGAAAAUUGCUUAUGCUAUUGGUAUAGCUUAUUUGUUGUUUAAAGUAAUGGCCUGGCUCAAUAGAUCCUAAUUCACAUAAGAGACAAUCAUUAAAUGUAAGAUGAAGUCAUAUGCAUUUACUGCAUAAAGUUGAUUAAGUCCAUUUAUAAAUGGCAAAUUAGAAAUGUUUGUCCUGCAGUAACAGUAGCAAGGUUCAAGUAUAAUGAGUUAAAAUUCCUUAGCUUAAUUUUAGGUAACUUUUUUUACACACUUGUAUAUUACUGUAAUUUCUUGUACAAAAUAUACUUACCUAUUUGCAUACAAGUUAUCAUAUUAUGUUACAUGUACACUGUGUUUCAUCUACUUUUAAUGAAUUGUUGAUUGUUGAAGUAACAUGUACCUUUAGUAUAGAUGUAAAGCAAUGGGUCAUUUUAUUUAAAUAAACGAUUUAACUACAGGAAA